AUGCCGGCCGCCCCAACCAAUUUGUUGGCCACGAGGGUGGGGCCGUGUAGCAAGGAGAAGAAGUCAGUCAUCACCGUGUCAGAACUGGCGAUCUACACAAAGAUAUACGACUCUACCAUCUCGGGGUAUUUCAACGUGUCUAUGAACAUCACUAAUGGCUGGAUUAUUAAGGGCACGAUGCAGAAGUGCCAGGACAUGCGAAACCUGGAGACCUGCGACUACUUCAAGUCGUUCUCGGUGGUGAAGAACGGAUGCAGCGAGGACGCGUCGCCUGAUGAACAGGACUUGUACACCAUGUUUUUUCACCACACCACACCUAGGAUGUCCUGUCCAAUCGAGGCGGGCUCCUACCGCGUGCAAGGAUACCCGUUCUUCAAUGAGGACAACUACCUGACCGUCUCCGAGUCCAAGAUAUCCACCAGCCUCUUCGGGUACACCUAUAAGCUUGAAGGUACCUCCAAAGACGUAAGGUAUCUGUUUUGCGUGGAGGCGUACUUGCAGCUGCUAUACGUGCGCGAGCACAACUGGGGCAACGACGUGCAGCCGCCCGAGUACACGCCCGCGCCCGGCGCGCCGCCCGCCGACGACAUUGACGCCGACGCCGACGACGACGACGCGGAUAACCAGCCUUUCUACUGAGCCUGAUACCAAUACGGCGUAACCCCUUUGUUAUGGAAAAUUGUUUCGCGACUACCAAGGCGGAGCCGAGAGAAGUGUUUCGAAUUACCAAUCAGAUUUCAUUAGUUCCACUUCUCCUCUCCGC